CGCAAGUGGGCGUUUCAUAUCUGUGUUUGUUGAUAGUGGAGGCAGAGCACGAAUCUUUCGUGGAGGCUUUCUUCAUCUCACAUCUUUAGCUAUGUUUAUCCCAACUUUAGAGGAAAACAUGCACCAUUUUAAACCAAGUCGAAACAGGCUGUACACAACGAGAUGCUGUGGGUGUUGCCAUGUAAGGACGGGAACCAUCAUUCUCGGCACUUGGAACAUGGUGGUGAACCUGUUGAUGGGCAUCUUGCUGACCGUGGCCGUGACACACCCUGAGAAUGUCCCCACUGUGGACCUGCAGUAUGAGGUCAUCGAGCACUACUUUAGCCACACCCUCCAGGGCGAGGGAAAUGUCUUAAAGGAGAAUGCCUGUGUGGGAUUUGCCAUUGCACUCUUGAUGCUCACUAUCAGUGCCAUGAUGGUCUAUGGAGCCAUUACCCACCGUGACGGUUGGCUCAUACCGUUCUUCUGCUACCAACUUUUUGACUUUGCUCUGAGCUGCCUGGUGGCGGUCAGCUCCUUGACCUACCUGCCCAGAAUAAAGGACUACAUGAAGGAACUGCCUGACUUCCCCUACAAGGACAACCUCCUCUCCAUGGACGCCAGUUGCUUGCUGCUGUUUGUUCUCGUCUUCUUCGCCUUCCUCAUCAUCAUGAAGGCGUACCUGAUCAGCUGUGUGUGGAAUUGCUAUAAGUACAUCAACAACAGGAAUGCGCCGGAGACCACUGCCUAUCCCACCUUCACUCCCCCACCGCAGUACAUCCUGCCCACGUACGAGAUGGCAAUGAAGAUGCCACAGAAGGAGCCCCCCCCUCCCUACAUGCCGGCCUGAGGUGAAAAACAGAACCCAGCAUUCAACCCCCCCCCCCCCCCGCCCGCCCCACCUUCUGUGUACAUGUGGCCGCCCGCUGCCUGUCAUUGUGACCCCGCCAUGCAUUUCGGUAAGGGGGGGUGCCCUUUAGAAGUCCUUGUAAAAUUUGAACCCAACACCAUUGAUGAGUUAUGGGGGAGCGGAGGGCAGGUCAAGGUGUGUGAUGUAUGAAGCAGUGAAUCCUUUCUGAACUUUAUUUCCUUUUAUGCCCCCCCCCCCCCCCCCCCCCCCCCCCGCUUAUUUUUAUGUCUUAGUAAAAAAUAAAUAAAAAAAAGGAUAUGGUGAUUGAUUCAAUCCACUGAUUGAAUGUCUAUUACACUUUUACCUUUUUGGAGAAAAAAAAAAACAUCCUUUACUCACUGUUGUUAUUAACGUGUGAAUAUGAACCAGAACAAUAUUAAGACAAUCCACUUAUGAUUACUCUUUAUUAUCUUACCAUUGAAUUGUUUUUAAAAUAAUCCAAAUGUUUUAUUCCGUCUAAGAGUUUGAUGGGGGCGUUUGUGUUCUCCUCUGCCUUUUUAUUUAGCUUUGGACGUCCGCAGGUCCAUCUGCCACCCCUGUGUGCCAUUUUAAUUCUCCACCGCCUUUUGUGCCGUUGCAUUGUGUUAGCUUAGUUAAAACUGUGAAUUGUGUUGCAGUUCAGCGUGACUUGGGGCAGCAGGUUGAAAAGAAGGUUGAGUACAAAACCAGCUUUUGUCGGAUGUUUUCAUACUCCGAUGUGAAAAUGUAUCACCUACAGUCCACUUUAAAGGGCUGAAAUUAUUAGUAUGUCUACAGUUAAAUCGACCGGGAGGGAACGAAAUGCUUGUGUUGUGAACGGUACUGGAUGCAUGCAACCCCUUGAUGCCUUUCUUUUCAUUGUUUUGAUCCUCGCGGAAAACAAACGGCUUCAAUAAACAUUAAAAAACGUGUCCAUUACCUGA